ACGGCGCCCCUCGCCCCGCCCUCCCCGUGCCAGUUCCAGCGAUGGCGGCCAUGAGCCUGCUGCUGCGGGCGGCCGCGGCCUGCGGGGCCCGGCGGGCAGCGAGCGGCGCGCCCUUCCCGCGGCUCGCAGGGACCGCCCGCCUCCCCGGCGCCCUGGCUCCUGUCCGACAUAGCAGCGGCCAUGGGAAGAAAAUGUUUAUUAUCAAGGCAACGAGUUUUUAUGAUACUCGGUUUCUGAACUUGUUGAGAUUCUAUGUAUUUCUGACAGGCAUACCAGUGGCACUGUUCAUAACAUACGUCAACAUCUUUAUUGGUGAGGCUGAACUUGCAGAGAUUCCCGAAGGUUAUAUACCAGACUACUGGGAAUACUACAAACACCCUAUAAGUCGCUGGAUAGCUCGUUACCUCCUUGACCCCCCUGAGAAGGAGUAUGAGAAACAGAUGGCUUUGCUUGAUGCUGAAGCGAAGAAAACUGAACUGAGGCUGAUGGAGUUGGAGGCACGCAGACUGAUGAGACACAGGGGAGACGGACCUUGGUAUCAUUAUGAAACACCUGAUAAAAAUCUUGUUGACAAUUCUAUGAAAUCCACACCUGACAAUUAAACAAUUUUAAGACAGUAUGUGUGGUCUUAAAUGCAUACUGACAAAUUGUGACUGAGCUAUGUAAUAUACAUCCUGCUGUUCACUGACAGCAGUGAAUAAAAAUAAACAAUGUU